AUGAUGGGGUCCGAGUCUUCGAGCUACCGGCCGAAGAGGCGCCCGUCGGACUCGUCUCCUGAAGCUCCCAACAAGAAGCGGCCACCCCCUGAUGAAGAGAACACCGCAAACGAUCCUGAGGAUGCCAUCACUCAGGAAGAGAUCCAGAGCAUAGGAUCGCCAUCAGACAAGCCCAAUCAAGCUGGCAAGAUUCGCAAUGCUUUCUCUGAACUCAUGGCCCCGAAACCCAAGACAAAGACCAAGACCCACUCUGCCAGUUCAGCAACUAACAACAACCCCUACGCCGGCCGUGAUGGUUUAGGCUACUACGUCGAAAAGGGCGAAUACUUGCCUGUCGGCGCCAAGAUCUUUGCGGACGCUUACUUCGUCGCCAUCCCUGACAUGUACCCCAAAGCGACAGUGCACUACCUCCUCCUCCCGCGGUCGGCAGACAAGAACCGGCUGCACCCCUUCGACGCGUUCGAUGACGCCGACUUCCUGUACUCGGUGCGUGGGGAAGCGAACAUUCUCGCAGGCCUCGUCGCCAGGGAGCUGCAGCGCCAGAUCGGGGAGCACAGCGCGUCCGAGGCGCCGCGGCGCGCCGUCCUUGCCGGAGAGGUCGAGGCCGAACUGGACGAGCGCGGCAGGGUCGUGCUCCCGGCGGGCAGGGACUGGAAGAAGGAGCUCAAGGUCGGCGUGCAUGCGCACCCGAGCAUGAACCACCUGCACGUGCACGUCGUGAGCCGCGACAUGCACUCGGACAGGAUGAAGGUGCGCAAGCACUACAACUCGUUCACGACCGACUUCUUCGUGCCGCUGGCCGACUUCCCCUUGGCCAAGGACGACCCGCGUCGGAACCAGGCGGGCUGGCACGAGCAGCCGAUGGUGUGUUGGCGGUGCGGACGCGACUUUGGCAACAAGUUCAAGGAGCUCAAGAAGCACCUCGAGAAGGAGUUUGACGAGUGGAAGAGGGAGUAA